CUGUAGCUACCCAGCUCGCCGGGUGUCUCCCUGCACGGGCAGCGCGGCUGUCGCGGUUGGCUGUUCGUCGCUGUCUCCUCUCGCCUCCUCCCUCCCCUCGGUGCGGCCAUGCUGCUCGGCGCGGCGUUCCGACGGUGCCGGGCCGGUGGCGUUGUGGCGCGGCGUCGGCGGAGCGGGGAGGCGCGGCGGAGGGAAUGGGUGCCGCCGGCGGGCCGAGCGUGCGGCGUGGUGGCGUACAACAGCCGGAGCCGCAGCAAAGAGCCGCUGGUGCUGGCCAAGGACGGCGUGGCCACCUGGUACAGCUGCGGGCCCACCGUGUACGACCACGCGCACCUCGGGCACGCCUGCUCCUAUGUUAGGUUUGAUAUAAUCCGAAGGAUACUGACUCGUUUUUUUGAAACUGAAGUUAUCAUGGUGAUGGGGAUUACAGACAUAGAUGACAAGAUCAUAAAAAGAGCCAAUGAGAUGAAUAUAUCGCCAGUAGCUCUUGCUCGUAUGUAUGAAGAAGACUUUAAACAAGAUAUGGCAUCAUUAAAGGUCCUUCCUCCGACAGUAUAUAUGAGAGUGACUGAAAACAUUCCUCAGAUAAUUUCCUUCAUAAAGACAAUAAUUGCUAACGGGCAGGCUUAUGCAACUUCACAAGGCAAUGUUUAUUUUGAUGUCAAGUCUUGGGGAGAAAGGUAUGGAGUAUUAACUGCUGUUUCUGCUGAUACACAAAGUGAAGCAGUUGAUACGGAUAAGCGGCACGGUAGAGAUUUUGCCCUGUGGAAAGCUGCCAAACCUCAAGAGUUAUCCUGGAGUUCUCCCUGGGGAAAGGGAAGACCUGGGUGGCACAUUGAAUGCUCCACGAUAUCAAGUGCAGUGUUUGGAAAGCAGCUGGACAUCCAUACCGGUGGCAUAGAUCUCGCAUUUCCUCAUCAUGAAAAUGAAAUUGCGCAGUGCGAGGUGUAUCAUCAGUGUGAGCAGUGGGGGAAUUAUUUUUUGCAUUCUGGGCAUUUACACGUUAAAGGAAGUCAAGAAAAAAUGUCUAAGUCGUUAAAAAACUACAUAACAAUCAAGGAAUUUCUGAAGAAAUUCUCCUCGGAUCAGUUCAGGAUGUUCUGUUUGCGCAGCAGAUACAGCUCAGCUGUAGAAUUUAGUGAUGAGACCAUGAAUGAUGCCAAGAACAUUCUCCAGGCAAUCUCCUCGUUUAUUAGAGACGCAAAUGCUUAUAUAAAAGGACAGCUGGUGUGUGACCCUGUUAGAGAAGAUGUACUGUGGGAAAGGCUGGCCAGCACAAAGGUAAACGUGAAGGCUGCGUUUGCAGAUGACUUUGACACCUCCAGGGCUGUUGCAGCAAUUAUGGACCUCAUUCACCAUGGCAACAGACAGCUUAAGGCUGUUACUAAGGAUGUUGGAUCUCCCAGAAGCUCGGUUGUGUACGGGAGCAUUACUUCCUAUAUAGAAAGCUUCUUUAAUGCCCUCGGGAUGUCCUUUGAAGAAAGGCAGGUCGCAGUGGGAGGGAGAAAUACAGCUCUGCUCUCCAGUGUGAUGGAUGAGCUCGUGAGCUUCCGCACAAAGGUUCGUAACUACGCUCUUGUGCUGCCGGAAGCCACAGAGACUGUGCGAAUGGAGGAAGGUGCCGUGGGAGCAAAAGGACCAAAACAAGAACAGAAAGAAAAGAGACGGCAGCUGAUGCAGGAGAGAAAACCCCUCCUGGAGGCCUGCGACAGCCUGCGUGGGGACCUGGCUGCCUUUGGAAUCCACAUCAAGGACAGAAGCACAGCUUCGACGUGGGAAAUGGCAGAAAGCGGGCAAGCAGAGCAGCAGGCUGAGGAGAAAAGCUGAGCCUUCAGCGCUGGGCUUGUGCUUUAACUGCUGCGUUGUCAAUACUGCUGCUAUCCUAAUAAAGUAGAAGGCGUCAUCUUUUCA